CAACAAUGUAAUCAUAACCUGAAAUUAUCGUACUCAUAAUAUGAAAAUCAAGAAUACCCAUAUCAAGAAAAAUGACAAAAAGGGUACAUAAUGUAACAAAUGCCCUAACAGAUAAGGAAAAGAUGCAAGGCUUUGAAAGUCUCUUGUUAUUUUCUAGCUAUAGCAGCAAACAGAUAAACCCAAAUACAGAAAACCGAAGAGGAGAUUGCCAACUCAUAAGUGUAUAGAGAAAAAUCAAUCACAUGACAACUACAUAUAUCCAACUCCACACAAGCUUGGAAUCAAUAGAACCAAGAAUUAAGCUCAGGAUAAUCACCUUUGCAGUCGUACACGCCCAAGCGGGAUAUCAUCAACCACAGCCUCAAAUAUCUUCUUCUCCAGCUCGGACUCAUCGACCCACAAUGAACUCUUUCUACGCAAAAGCUCACUCCUCUCUUUCUUCUUUUCCUCAACUGUUUUCUCUCUCAUCCUCCAAUACUCGAGUUUCUCACCUCUUUCUUUCAUCUGCAUCUCGCGGAACUCUUCCUCAGCAGCCUGCCUCUCGAUAGCCUCCGCCUUCUUCUUGGCGGCUUUGGCGGCCUUCCUCUCCUCGUUAGCAAUCCUCAGGGCUUCCUUUCUCGCCUCGUCCCUUCGCAGUUUCUCGAUCCUCUGCAAUUCCAUUUCCUGAAUGUAACCCUUCCGGAUUUGCUUGAACUUCCGAUCGUAAUCGCGGCGGAGGAAGGCCAGCUGCGCGGCGGCCUCCUUAGGGUUACGCGGAGGUUUCCAAGAGUUUAUGUAAGAGCUCGGGGGAAGAAAUUCGUGGUGGUUACGACGGGAUGAUGGAGAUUCCGAUGUGACGUUGGUGUUGGUAGAGAAGUGGCGGGUGACGGCGAGAUUGGUAGGCCGUCGCCGGAGUAGGUGGCAAAAGAGCGACAUUUUGAUUGUUGAGUGGGUUUUAGCAAGGGUUCCACGGUGAGAUUAUUUAUGUGACCGAUCCAAGUUUGGGCAUUUAAAGGGAGAUAUAUUGGAUACAAAAUACUGAAAUAAUUUUUAUAUUUUUAGCUAGGGCUACUCGGAAGAUGGAGGAAGUUGCGACUGGGUUCUAGGGAUUUUGACUGACGGGUUCUACAGAGAGACUCCAAAAAGUUAUUUAUUUCUUAAUAAGGCAAUAAUUAUCACAUAAACAAAAAGUUGAAAACAACAUGGAAAAUAGUCGAACAAAGAUUUAUUUCACCAAAGAGCAUUUUCGGCCAGAAAAACCAAACACAUACAUACAUAUGGCAACAAAAGUAAUUAGAAAUUGAAAUUACUCGUUCAUUCUCUCUACUUGAAAGUCGAAUCCCUGCUCUCUCUUUCUCUCUCUCUGUGGUGUGUGUGUGUGUUUGCUGAUUCACUGGAAAUGCAAAGGCUUCAAAUUGGCGAUCUAUUUCCAGUUAUCCUUCAGUGGUGAGGUUUUGAUCGUGAUGAUAAAAGGAGAGCCGGCGGAGGAGAAGCCACCGCCGCCGUCGUGGGAUCGGGAAUCGGACGGCGGGGACGAUCUUUCGCACUACUCCUCCUGCGGCGGUGAAUCGGAGUUCGACAGGUACUGCAGCGCCAGCUCGGCCAUGGGUACCCCCAGCUUCCGGGGCAGCUCGUACGGGGACCCGGAUUUCGGGCCGUUGAGGGGCUUCAGACUCGGGGAAGAAAAUGCUAAUACUCAGCGUGAGGCGGAUAGGGUGUUAUCGAGCUGUGGUGAAUCGAAUUUGAAUGGCAAAAUGGAAGGUUUUGAUGUCGGUGGUCGAUGGGGAAAUGGGGUUUUGAUUGGGAAUGAAAACGAGACUAUUGGUGGGGCGAGUGUUCAGAAUUCGGAUGAUUUUCCGGUAGUUGGUGAUGUUAACAAUAGUGAUGAAAUCAAGAACUCAUCAGAUGAAGGUGAAAUUUCGUCAAGGUAUGAGCACUCGGAAGGUGAGGACUCGAUGUUUGGAUGUGGUAGUGAUGGAGAGAACAAGAUUGGUCCAUAUUAUAACAAGAAAGCUCCUCUUUUUGAUGGAGAAAGUGAGAGAAGAGAAAAUCGGCUGGUUAUGAAUUCAGCGGUGGCCUUUGGCUCGGACGAUUGGGACGAUUUUGUUAAUGAAAACAGGGAAAGUACGAUUGGUUCAAUGGGCUUGGAUAAAAUCCGAACUGAAAAAGAGGCCAACAUUCGAAGUGGUAUUGGGUCUUUAGGGUUUAUGACAGAUAAUCGUGUAACACAUCGUGAUACAGUCAAACGAAGGAAAAGUGAGGCUGAUUGUACAUCUGAGACAGAUGUGAAUGCUCCGUUUACAAAAUCAACCAAUCUUAUGAAAUUUGGUGUGCGAUCUGAGGAUGCUGAAAGAGUGGUUGCUUUGAGUAAUGAAGCAAAUGAUAUGGAUGAAUUGGCUGAUUAUCUUGGUCCUACUUCUGGUUACAGUUUGUUUGAAAGGAAUGAAGAUCCUGUGGGAAACGAAGUAUCGCAAAAAGAGAAGCUGAAAAUUGGCGAAAGCGAAACCAAAGUGAACAUUGGUGAAAGUGAAUGCAAAGUGAAAAUUGAAGACAGAACUACUGUCGAGAUCAUGCAUCGUUGUGAUAUUGUGUCGAACAAUAAGAGUUCCGAGGUUAAAAACAAAGAAUUGGCCUCUCUAUCUGAAUCUGAGGCCAAUCAUCAUCAUCUGAUUCGAGCAAAUGAUAAUGAACCAGACCAUUUUGCUGAUACCUCGAGAAGUGCCGUGGCAGAGAAGAACUAUUCUUUUGCAUUCGAUCAAGCUGAUGAUCAUUUUGUGCCGGAUAAGAAAAUGAAUUUCGAGUUGAAUGAUUUCUAUGAUGAAAUCGUUAACGAAAUGGAAGAUAUACUGCUCGACUCUGGUGAGCCCUCUAGAUCUAGAUUUACCCAUAGUGCUACAAUAUACCAAUCCCAUUUUUCUCACCCUUCGAGAGACGGGGGCUCCACUGCUUCAACAUCCGGCACGGAUUACGCUCACAAUUUCAUUCAUCAACCUCCUAAAAUCGAUAAAAUCGAGGUAGUGGGCACAAGUCAAAGAAAAGGAGACGUUUCAUUUAGUGAGCGUUUAGUCGGCGUGCAAAAAUACACAGUGUACAAAGUAAGAGUUUGGAGUGGGGAGGACCAUUGGGAAAUCGAACGCCGUUAUCGUGAAUUUAGUACUCUUUACCAUCGUUUGAAGAAACUAUUUGACGGCCACGGGUGGACCCUUCCUUCACCUUGGUCUCAUGUAGAAAAGGAAUCCAGAAAGCUUUUCGGCAAUGCUUCUCCAAACGUAGUAGCCGAUAGGAGUGUACUUAUCCAAGAAUGUUUACAAUCAGUAAUCCACCCUAAAUUCAAUUCGAUUUCGCAUAAUGCACUUAUUUCUUUCCUCUCCCUAUCAGAAGCAGAGCCAGGUUCUCCUCAUACAAAUAUAUGUAACAGAAGCAUGCAUGUCGAAGGUUUGGGAAAGACUAUAUCGCUUGUUGUUGAAAAAAGGCCUUUGAAGUCGAUUAAACAGAUGCUAGAUGCUCAACAUUAUAGGUGUGCGGGUUGUCAUAGAAAUUUUGAUGAUGGAAGAACAACUGUCUUGCAAGCGUUAGGUUGGGGUAAACCCCGUCUUUGUGAAUACAGUGGCCAGCUUUUCUGCCCGUCGUGUCAUAAUAAUGAUACUGCUGUUUUGCCUGCUAGAGUUCUUCAUCAUUGGGAUUUUACUCGGUAUCCAGUUUCUCAAAUGGCUAAGUCGUUUUUGGAUUCUAUUAAUGACCAGCCAAUGCUUUGUGUCAGUGCCGUUAACCCGUUCCUAUUUACAAAAGUUCCGACUUUGCAGCAUGUGGCGAAUAUCCGAAGUAGAAUAAGAGCAAUGCUUCCUUAUGUUCGUUGCCCGUUUCGUAGGUCCAUCCAUAAAGGUCUCGGGCCUCGUAGUUAUCUUCUGGACAGCAAUGAUUUUUUCGCACUGAAAGACCUCACCAGUCUCUCUAAUGGAGUGUUUUCAGCACUACCAGUGAUGGUUGAAACUGUAUCUCGAAAAAUCCAGGAACACAUCACUGAGCAGUGCCUCGUAUGCUAUGAUGCCGGUAUUCCAUGCAGUGCUCGAAAGGACUGUAACAAUCCACUUUCUCUAAUUUUUCCUUUUCAGGACGAAGAGGUCGAAAAAUGUAAAUCCUGUGAACUGGUUUUCCACAAAAAUUGUUUCGAUAAACUGGCUUUCUGUUCUUGUGGUGCUCGUUUCAAGCACGAGCAUACGAAGCAAGGUUCCAGUAAUAGUUUGAACAGUAACUUGAAUUUAAUUGAGAAAAGAACGGCAGAAAAUAGCACGACUGGGCUUCUUGCUGAUUUAUUCUCCAAAGUAAUGCCAGGAAAGUCUCAAAUUCCCAGAAAACAAGAAACGAGACGUGUGGACAAUGUUAUUCUAAUGGGUUCCAUUCCAAACAACUCCCUCUGAAUUCACCAGUGGGCUUCUCGUUUUCUGUGUUGGCAAAUGGAGCUAUUGUUAUACUCAAGGGUUCGAACUUCUUGAUAUUUCAUGUCUCGUUUUUGUUUGUUAUUCUUGUGGAAAGCCUUUGAGUAUAUUCUUUUGUUAUAUAGUGUGAUUUUGGAUUUUCCAAAAUACCAAAUGUAUUCAAUUUGUAAUGUAGUUUUUGGGAAUAGGGGUGAUAUUGAUGCAAUUUGUGUUCACUCUAUAUAUGCUUCAUAUUGAUAUUGUAUGUAAGUGUACUGUUGAGGAGUUGAUAAUUUUCCAGAAAGUUAUUCCAAGAGUGAUGAUAUGAAAAAUGGGG